GAUCACGCUGGCUUGUGACCGUAUCUGUGCACACGGGUAUUUGAAUUUACAUGAGAGAAAUAUGAAUGUAGGACCAAAACAGAAUGGACUCCAUAGAAUGCAGUUUGAUGGUCUCUGUCUUUAUCAGUUGUAGUGGUAAAACAUUAAUAAAUUCAUACACAAAUCUGACUAAAGUUGGGGCUCCUUUGUGCGUGCGAUUUCGUUUGGUUGGGAGACUGUAAAGAUCACUUCAUACAUGAUCACACUUGCAUGUAUUCUAUUUUACAGAUUUCUCUUGUGAGACUUGAGUUUGGAGUUGAAUACUCUAGUAUAAUCUUGAGUUGGAGUAAGAGAGAUACACUGUGAAGAGCCACAAGAUGUUGUGUCCCAACGAGAGUUGGGUGAGCCUGGAUGACUUUCAGCCUCGCUGUACCUGUCUCUACCCCCACACAACUUGGACCGAUGCAGCCAUCCCCUCCAACACCACUAGGUCCAUCAGCCCCACUAGCCCUACCCCUAGAUCACCCAUGUUUGGUAGUAACAGACCAGACAGCCCCAUCAGCAAGUAUCUAGAAAACCAGGACUCCUUCCUUUAUCCAGAAUGUCCCAGAUUUAAUUCAUUUUUUGACACCAAUGAUGUAACAUCAACGUUUUUAUCAGUCAAUCCAGAUAUCUGGUCUGUCAGCCCAAGUGACGAGUCUCUCCCAGCCAGUGCCAGCUCCAGCCUGACCAGCCUGAGCUCCACCAGCCUUACUGACCCCUUCCCCAGCUCCUCUACCCUUUUCCAGAAUUCUGAGGAAUUCUUCGAUGACCUUCUUCCCUCCCCAUCUUCCAGCACAAGCUGCUUCAACUAUGGCCCCACACCUAGCAGAUAUCUGGAAUCAGAUAUGUCAGGUUUGCCAGAUGACAUGAACCUCUCAGCUACAGUUCACAAAGACAUCUGGUUAUAUAACACAUAUGACCUUUUUCAGGAUGGACCACUACUGUCCUCAAGCUCCAUGUCUCUUCCUAUCAGCCCAGUGAGCAGCUUCACCAACCUGAGUGAGUGCAAUGUGUCCUGCAGUCUGACCAGCCUGUCCCACCAAGGAGUGUCACUUCCAGUCCCCAGCUGGAGAACUGGACCCCUGAACAAGAUGGUGGAUAGGAAGAGAAAGAGAGAUGAGGAUGAUGAGGUGGAGGUGAAGGUUUGUAAGAGGGCCAGGCUAUAA